AUGGGCAAAUCAUACCGGAACUUUUCUAAAGUCUAUAAGAUCCCGCGACGGCCGUUCGAGAAAGAACGCCUUGACGCGGAGCUCAAGCUCUGUGGUGAGUACGGCCUCCGCAAUAAGCGCGAAGUAUGGCGGGUUCAGUACGCGCUUUCGAAGAUCCGGGCAGCCGCCCGGGAGCUUUUGACAAAAGAUGAAAAAGAUGAGCGACGCAUCGUCGAGGGCGCUGCCCUGCUCCGUCGCUUGACGCGGUACGGUUUAUUGGACCAGACGCAACAGGAUCUCAACUACGUUUUAUCGCUCAAAGUUCAAGACUUUUUAGAACGUCGACUACAGACGCAGGUGUUCAAGUUAGGGCUGGCAAAGUCUAUUCACCACGCACGCGUUUUGAUUCUGCAGCGGCAUAUCCGCGUUGGCAAACAGCUAGUGACAGUUCCUAGUUUCAUGGUGCGCGUUGACUCCCAGAAACAUAUCGACUUUGCGCCAACGUCACCGUUCGGAGGUGGUCGUCCAGGUCGCGUCAAGCGUCGCCGUUUGCGGCGAGAGUCCAGUGGCGAUGCUGGCGACGCCGCCGACGACGACGAGUAA